UGCACAUAAAAAUUAAACUUUAGUUUGGAUUCAAAAUUUAAAUUUCGUUAAAUUUAAUUUAAAAUUUAAACUCUGUAUAAUAUAAUAUUUUAUUUGCAGAAAUUUUUAAUUAUUUUACAUUAAUUUAUUAAUAUUUAUCAUUUGUUCUUUUUACAAUUAAUUUGAAUUUAAUGAGUUGACAACAUUGAUUUACUAGUAGGGAAUUUAUUCAUAUAGAACCAAUUGGUUCCUGUUCUUUUCAGUUCAUAACGUUGUUGUAAAAACACGUGGUAAAAAGUGUAAUUAUUAAAUUUAAAGCAAAAUAAAAACAUAAUCAGAAUGCCUCUUGCUAAGGAUUUUCUUCAUCCAAGUCCAGCUGAAGAAAAAAGAAAACACAAGCUAAAAAGGCUUGUACAAAAGCCAAAUAGUUAUUUUAUGGAUGUGAAAUGCCCUGGAUGUUAUGCUAUCAAAACUAUCUUUUCACAUGCUCAGAGAUCAGUAGAAUGUGAUGGAUGUCGUACAAUAUUGUGUACAUCUACAGGUGGUAAAGCUCGAUUGACAGAAGGUUGUUCAUUUAGAAGAAAAGUUCAAUGCUAAUAUAAUGAUGUUAAGACAACAUAAUGUAUACAUUUAUAUUCAAUAAAUAAACAGAAUUAUUACUUAA